CAUAAGUGGUUAUUUUAUCUUUCUCGACUUAAUAACCAAAUUUCAAUCAGUCUCAAAUUUAAGCGGAAAAAAGGAAGCUAUAAUUUUACAAUUGUAUUUAACAAUGAACAUAUAGUAUAUUCAUAUAUUUAGAAAGAUACCUCUGUUUAAAUAUAAACUAGAAUUAAAAGAAAGUCCACAUCGAAACGUAUCCCUAAACAAAUAAAUACAGCUUAAACUAAACAUUUGAGCCGAAAAUUGCAUUGGUUAGUCCGAACGCCUAAUCCACGCAAACCAAAUAUUAAAUAAUUAAUAGUCGGACAUAACAGAAUAAAUCAAAUAUAUUUAUUCUUUAAUCAACGACCAAGUUCUUUCGAGCAUUCGAGAACUACCCAUGUAGUCGCGAAAUUUGUUGAAGAGCAAGAACGUCUACGAGACAUCAGAGAUGCGAAGAAGCUGAUGAGUGACAGUGAUGAUCACUUACUUAUGACAGCAGCAGAACAAUAUGAGACAAUCAACCAGUUAUCCGAAAUUAUAGAAAAGGCUGAACAAACAGCCCGAGAUGUAUUUAGCGAAUCUACCAAUACAAUGGAUGGACUCCAAUUUGCAGAAGAAUUCGUGGAGGGAAUUAUUAAAAAGAAAAUUGGGUCCGAGUCUUUUCGUAUGGGAAACAAGUUACCACCACUUUUCAUAGGUGAAGACCAUAUAAAAAGACCAUCGACUUUGGCUCAUCAGUUCUUUUGGGAAUCAAACUCUGAACCAUACUGAACUCUGGACAGUUGACGGUGUUCGUGGCUAGAGGAAUGAUAUCCCGAUUGAGGAUUCGGUCACGUGAGCCCAGAUCAUUGGGUUGGUCUUUGAUCGUCGUAAGCACUCGUAUAAUCGGCAUAUUAUUUUCUACUAACUUCAGAAGCAUAAGCAACGCGACAUUAGUGUAUAGCAUCCGAUCACGUGAGUCCAGAUCGUACGAUUGGUCCUUGAUCGUUGUAAGUCGUAAACUAAUAUCACCCGUUUAGCACCGGUACAGCAUCGAUUAUCUUCAUCUUAUUUUAAUCCAUUUAAUUUCAUUUUCAUUUUUAUUUUAAUAUUGAAUUGUACCACGAAAAACGUAAAGAAUCAAAGAAUAUUUUACCGCGAGAAAAGCGAAGAUUUUAAAGAAUUAUUUUACCGCGAAAUGCGAAGAUUUUAGAGAAUUAUUUUACCGCGAAAAUACGCGAAGAUUUUGAAACAAAUUUACAUUUUAUUUUACGGCAAAAACCGCGAAGACUUUCAAUCAAUUUACAGUUCACAUACAAAAAUUUUGAAACGCAUAAAUAAUUACAACAAAUAAACUAAAUAAAUCGAUAAAUUAGAAUCAAAUUAAUUAGCCGCGAGAACGCGUAGUGUAAAACUGUGUUACUGCUGAAAGUCCUGACACCUCACCUAAACCUAUGUAGGAUACUUAAGAUGUCGAGCAAUUGUAACUCAACGAUGUCGAGCUCGGGGUACAAAAUUUUUAGACCACCCAAUCAUCCUCACCAGAGCACAUUGCCACGGCCGUGAUGAAGAUGAAGAAGAUCGCCUGCAAUUCCAGCGAGACCUUAUUCGUGGUGCUCAGGCUUCAUUCCUGCCAUUAAAAACAGUUUAUAAUACUGUUUUGGAACAUCAUCCUAAUCGAGAUGGAAAGCAAACAUACCGAAUGGUGUGUAGACUGAUGUCAAAUGCUCGUGACAGAAUGGAUCUACCUGAUCCCCAAUCAUAUUCGGAUUUGAUAAAUGUUAUGUACAGUGCAGCGUUUGGUUCAUUAAAAAGAUACACAAAUAUGAAUUCAAUUCAGUUAAACUACGUAGGUAAUGAUGCAUUAAUUAUCGGAGAUCCUGAUUUCAUUCAGUCAAUAAAUUUCACUGUCAUUCAUACAAGCUCAACAGCUUCAGUUGUGCCGGAAUUUAACAAUGCUCAGUUACUCACUUACAUCUUAGCAGAAGUGAAUGGUCAUGUAUUUCCAAUUGUUACCAUAUUAUGGUCUCGAAGGACUCCAGCAGUGUGUGCCGCUGUUUUGAAUAUUAUACAUCAUCAAUAUAUUAGAAAUGCGCCACUUACGAUCUUUACUGAUUUUGAUUUGAAGCUGUACUUUGAGCAUGAAUUUCCUAAUAGCGUAAUUCUGGGAACUUAUCAUAGUUAUUGUCGUAUUAUUUUUCAAAAAGCUUUGAAUCUGGAACUUGACACUAAUGCCAUUGAAGUUCAAGAGUUUCUAAAAAAAUGUAUGGGACUUAUUCUUUUGCCAGAGAAUCAUACUUCUGCAGCAUUGACGAGUUUGACUCAAUCUCUUCCACCGAAUUGGCUUCACCAGUUACAACCGUUUAUUAAUUACUUGCAAACUGAAUGGAUUGACGGUGUCACCCCAAAUAGACUGUCAUUAUUUCAAAGCCUAAAAGGAGUCAACAACAUUUCCGUUUUAUUCACUCGCGAGUUACAAUAUCGACUGAGAAAUCGAAACCCAACAAUCUGGAGUUUUUUAAGAAGUUAUGUCCAAUUUAUAAAUGCAGCAGCAUUAGACGUAAUCAAAAUUGUACGCCAACCAUGUGCUACCAUUAAAUUUCCUGGUAUCAGCGCGCUUUGUGUCCAACGACUUUUAUUGCGGAAACAGUGGAGUGCUGUUAAUGAUAAUAGAAUUUCACCUUUGGAAUUUUUAAACGCUGUAAUGCCAAUCCAAACAGAAUAUUUUAACAAUUUACUUCACAAUGCUGAAUUUUUAAUAGAACAGCAACUGCUUGUUAAUGAAACAAAUAAUGUAGAACCUAUGGUUGAAGCUAUUGAAAUGAUAUGUACAAUCUGCUAUGAUGAUCCUGUUACUGUUGUCUGCUUACCAUGUCUUCACAUACAAAUGUGCACUGAGUGUGCCAAUAACACUCAGGAGCAAGCAAGAAUAAAUCACAGACCUCUCUUGUGUCCUUUUUGUAACUUGCCGUCAGAGCUUCGUCAAGGGAACUUCAGAGUUGAUCCACAAAUCAAUAUUCCAUUAAUGACAUGUGAAUUAUGUAAUAUUAACUCAGUAAAAAUUGUUUGUUUUCCGUGCUUGCACAUAAAAAUGUGUGUACCUUGCUCUGAAGAAAGAGCAGCAGCUGCUGUUAAUGAAGAUAUCGAUGUACACUGUCCAUUUUGUGAUGAGCCAGCUGUCUUCCAGCGAGGAUUUUUUCCGCUUGCUUAAACUUACUUUUAUUUAAAGUCAACUAACUAUGUUUUCAAAUUUAAUAUUUAAUUUACAUUUUUUAAUUAUGUUUAAUUAUAAGAACGAAUUCAU